UUCAUUUGGGGCAGACUGACGCACACCCUUAAAAUAAUAACCCAUGUAAAUACGGGUAAGCCUGCAUCGCCUCACUGUGCAAAUGGCAUCAGCGCGCGUAACUACGGCGCGUCGGUUGGUAGGAGUGUUAAGGUGAGGGUGUGUUAAAGGCCAAAUGUUUUGGUAAACCCGCUACUUCGAUGAGCGACAAACGAGAGAAGGGCCUGGUACACAGUGCGCCCAUCGGACUAUGCCUUCCCCAGCUCGGGAGGAGAGCAAAGGAGAGAGCGGACAGGCAGAGGACGGAGCGACGGACAGCGGCGACAGGGAGCGAGGGACAGACGGCCGCCUCAUGUGCGCUCUGGAGAUGGAGAUGACAAACCGCAGCCUGCAGGGAGACUCCAAAGUGGACUGUGUGAAUUGCGAUGGCUUGAUCAACCGAAACGGCGGGGGCUCGACGGUGGCCGUGCCGCUGUCACUUCCCGGGAAGCGGACAGCUCACAUGGAGGGAGACGACCUCUACAGACUGCGGGACAGAAAGUUUUUAUUAGAGGAUAAAAAGCGCCUUUGCGCGUUGGCUCUGGGCACAGCUCUGCUCGGGAUACUGCUCAUGAUAAUCCACGCCGAAAUAUGUCCCUCCAUUUACAAACCGGGCUCAAACACUGCCUUGUUCGUCAACUGUUCCAUCAGCCUGUCCACUGGGUGUCUCCUGAUCCUCAUCAUAGCUUUCCAUUAUAAGGACAUCAGGCUGUUCAUCAUUGACCACAACCAGGUAGACUGGCGCAUUGCCAUGACCAGCCAGAGGGUUCUUGUGAUCAUUCUGGAGCUGUCGGUCUGUGUCAUCCAUCCUGUUGGCACAUACUGGGAGGUGGGCAUCCAUACCAAUUCCUCUUCCUCAGCUUCGCUUUGUGUUUCCAAGGACAUGAUGAACUUGGAGCUGCUGCUUUCAGUGCUGAUGUUCCUCCGCUUGUACUGGGUGCACAGAGCCAUCCUGCUGCACAGCAAAGUCCUGCUGAGCGCCUCCUACAGGAGCAUCGGCUCCCUCAACAACAUCAACUUCACCUUCCGCUUUGUACUCAAGAUACUGAUGAACAAAUACCCGGCACGCACGUUGCUGGUCUUCAUCAGCUUCUUCUGGAUCACUGCUUCCUGGAUGCUCACUCUGUGUGAAAGAAAGACCCAAGCAGCAACAGGUCACAUGGACACAGCUAUGUGGCUCAUAGCCAUCACCUUCCUCACAGUGGGCUACGGGGAUGUAGCGCCCACUACCAGCUGUGGCAAGGCGGUUUGUCUCUUCACUGGAGUCAUGGGUGUAGCCUGCACUGCCAUGCUGGUUGCAGUCGUUAGCAAGACGCUGGCGUUGAAUAAAGGAGAGAAACAUGUGCACUUCUUCAUGCUGGACAUCCAGAUCUCCAAAAGGAUCCGCCACGCUGCUGCUAAUGUACUGAGGGAAUGCUGGCUUCUGCACCGCACAAACCUGACAAGGGGCAACCGCGGUGAGCAGCGAAGACACCAGAGAUGCCUUCUGGAAGCCAUCAGAGUAUUUCGGCAUCUACGCCUCAAACAAAAAAAACUGAGAGAUUACGUCAGUGAGAUGGUGGACCUCCCCAAGAUGCAGAUGAUCAUGUGUGACCUCAGUGCCAAUUGGAAUAACUCCUAUCGAGAGCUGGAGCAGCGUAUCCUUUCCAUGGAGCAGAAGCUGGACGAGCUGAGUCGCUGCUUCCAACAAACCUCUGAGAUGCUGUCUCAGGUCCUACGUCACCGCAACCCAGAGAUCAGGUGACAUGGCUACAAUUUACUUGCUACGGAGACACAUAAUUGUCUUCAGUGUUUUCAUCUACAGUAUCCAUGAAAGUGAGACGGUAAAUCCUCUCCACCCGGAGCUGCUCCAGACUCUUUAACAUGCUGAACCACUUGGAGGACUGGCAUACCUACUAAAGAUCUCAUCUUCUGGCCCUGUGCUGAGUGCACGGCACAGUGACUCAUGGCUGUAAAAUUAUAAAUACGUCUCCCAUCCACUGUGGGAGAAUCGCACAGCGUAUUUUGAGAAAUCUGUUGUGUUUCCAGCAGUUAUAUUUGUGACAGUGCACAAAGAACUGAAUCAAUCUCAAACAAGGACUGUGGAGAGCCUUAUGAUGCACACAAAUGUCAAAGGCUCCAGAGUUUGCUCUUUUAACUAUUUGUAAUAUUUCAUUGAUGGACUGUGUCACUGCCUCAUUGCCAUGCAAUCAGAUACACUUUUUUACAUGUUAAUUUUAUUUGCAAUAUUAUACAGUUUUAGCCUAAUCAGUUCAAGAAAACACUCGCAAAUCCUCUUUUUGAUAAGCAGACAGUUUAAUGGUUAAAAGGUUGAUUAUUGUUCGCAAACAGGCUUCCUGAAUACAAUCACUGGCAAAUCCCUAUUCUGCUUACCUUUGACCCAUCAAGUGAAUUCACGUGAAUGAAAUUUUGAUUCUCAAAUAAGAGAAAAAAAUAACUAAACUUUGAUUUUAAGGGAAAAAUCUUUAUUUCUAACUGUAAAUCCUUGGGAUUUUAAGGGAUGUGAUCUGAAACUCGUAGAUUAAUAUGUAUGUUUAAGGUUGUAAUCAUCCAAUGCAGGAAAAGCACCCAACAGUUUACACCUGCUCUGAGAACAAUGAAACUUGGGCAAAGUUGUCAUUCAGCAACCAAACAGCUCCAUCUAGUGGUCAUGAAUGAAGUAAACCACAUAAAAUUGAGGGCUGUGAACAUUAAAACUAUGAUUAUAUAACAACUAUUUUAAAAAAAUCAUAUGCUAUUUUCAACCUGAAUACCAAGACCUCUACGACAUCUCACAGGAGAAUAACAUUUCAAUGAUGUGUAGUGAAAACAGAUCUAAAGAAAAAAAAAGAGGACUCAGAAACUUCCAUACAAACCUCACUGUUAAGAAUGCACUUUGUGAGAAAAAAAAAUAGAAAAACUGGAUCGACUCUUUCUCUGGAGGAUAAACUGGAGUUUUGAUGUGUUUUAACUUAAUCCAAUACUGAAAAGUAAAGCUCCUCGCGGGUUAAUUUGUACUCUGGUUUGUUGUAAAAAGAACCGAAGAGGGACUCUUUCUAACCCUGUUUACUAUGUAUCAUUUGCACAUGGUGUAAACAUGUUAACAACCAUCCAAGACAUGCUUAUAAUUAAAAGCCAUUAAAAAUUCA